GUUGUUGCGUUGUAGAAGCCGUGGCACGGAAACGCUAUUUACGGCGCAGUAGUGACACACUUAAACCACAGAAGCGAUCAUCGAGGACAUGGGACCGUGAAAGUAUGGCGGAUGCUGAGGAGCCGGAGAAGAAAAGAAGGCGAAUCGAGGACCUGACUGAUAAAAUGGCCGUAGAUGGAGGACACACAGAGAGUGCUUGUGACUGGAAUGGCCGGUGGAACCAUGUAAAGAAGUUCUUAGAGAGACCUGGCCCAUUCACUCAUCCUGACUUUGAACCAAGCACUGAGUCCCUUCAGUUUUUGUUGGAUACAUGCAAGAUUCUGGUUAUAGGAGCUGGAGGACUUGGAUGUGAACUGCUCAAAAACCUGGCCCUGUCUGGGUUUCGCCUCAUUCAUGUGGUUGACAUGGACACUAUUGAUGUGUCUAAUCUCAACAGGCAAUUCCUUUUCAGGCCCAAAGAUGUCGGACGACCAAAGGCAGAGGUGGCUGCCGACUUUAUCAACGAUCGUAUCCCAGGAUGUAAAGUUGUCCCACACUUUAACAAGAUCCAAGACUUUGAUGAGACUUUCUACAGACAAUUCCAUAUCAUUGUGUGUGGACUGGAUUCCAUUAUUGCCAGACGCUGGAUGAAUGGAAUGCUGCUAUCCCUCCUGAGUUAUGAAGAUAGGGUUUUGGAUCCCAGCUCCAUUAUCCCCCUCAUAGACGGAGGGACAGAGGGCUUCAAAGGCAAUGCUCGAGUCAUUCUACCUGGCAUGACUGCAUGCAUCGAAUGCACACUGGAGUUGUAUCCACCGCAGAUUAAUUUCCCAAUGUGCACCAUUGCAUCAAUGCCAAGGCUACCAGAACAUUGUGUGGAGUAUGCCAGAAUGUUACAGUGGCCCAAAGAAAAGCCUUUUGGAGAAAAUGCCUUAGAUGGCGACAACCCAGAGCAUAUCCAUUGGGUGUUCCAGAAGGCCCAGGAAAGAGCCGCUGAGUUCAAUAUCACAGGCGUUACCUACAGACUCACUCAAGGAGUUGUGAAGAGGAUCAUCCCUGCUGUAGCAUCAACUAAUGCUGUUAUUUCUGCUGCCUGCGCCACUGAAGUUUUCAAAAUUGCUUCAAGCGCUUAUAUUCCUUUAAAUAAUUACCUGGUCUUUAAUGAUGUGGAUGGAUUGUACACUUACACCUUUGAAGCAGAGCGAAAGGACAACUGCCCAGCCUGUAGCCAGGUCCCACAAGACCUACAGUUCCCGCCUUCUGCCAAACUGCAGGAGGUGUUGGAGUAUCUGACCGAAAACUCCUCGCUACAAAUGAAAUCUCCAGCUAUCACCACAACUCUGGAAGGGAAAAAUAAGACACUAUAUUUACAGUCUGUUAAAUCCAUCGAAGAGAGAACAAGACCAAAUCUCUGCAAAACGUUGAAAGAACUUGGCUUAUCAGAUGGACAGGAGCUAGCCGUGGCAGACGUCACCACACCCCAGACAGUUCUCUUCAAGCUAAAUUUCACCUCCUAAAACCUCAUUAACAUGCAGCAUUAAGGCCAAGUUCACGGCAAACCACAUCUUGCAUCUUGGGGUCAUUUUGAUGUUACAUUUAUAUAUUUGACUGGAUGAUGUAAUGUAAAUUCAUUCUCACUUUAUCGGGAGAGACUUGCAGGAUAGAAAUGUUGAUAAUUUCAAGCUGGAAUCUGUUGAACGGCUUAAUUUUUUUUAUUAACAUUGUUUACUCCAUUUGUCAUUGUCUUGUGUUGAUCCUCAUAAUAUUUUUUUUUGCCGUCAGUGAAAUGAAUAUAAUGAUGUACACUAUGCUGUAUUAAAGUUUUAUGUAAAAUAUAAUGGCCAGAGCCCAAAUGGCUUUAUUUGCAUUAAACUUUUAUCAAAAUAUAAUUUCUAUUCCGUGUAGCAAUAUUCUCUAUGCACUGUUCUAGAUAACAGAUGGUUGUGGUGUGGCCCAUUAUAUAUUCCAUGAAACGUGAAAAAAAAAGCACCAUAAAAGUCUUCGUGUUGGUCAAAAUCAAAUUAAAAUUGCCCAUAUGUGUAAUAGAGAACAAGUCAGCCAUGCUACAUUUCAAUUUAUUAAGCCCAAGGAGGGGGCAUCCCAUUUGGAUGCUGUCCAUGGAGUUCAAUGUACUUCUAUCUCCGGUGUAAACAGGGGGAAUGAAACCGACUCCAGUGUGAUCAACAUGCCUUUAAGCUUCUUAAAUGGUAAUGAAAGUGGCUGCAUAGUAGUCAACAGAUGGUUUCUCCCUUGAUUAAGUUCCCUUUUUUAAUGAUGGUAACGGCUUACUGGUGUGCCAGCUCAGAGGGGUCCAAUGUCUUGACAGGUCAUCAUCACAUGUUUGACCAGUCAAUCCCCCCGAAGAAGAAAACUGCUAUGGGAAAAUCGUUGCAUCCCACAUGGAGUGCGAGUAUCAGUCAGUAUAGGCAUUGGAUUUAUUUAUUUUUUAACUUCCUUGAUCAUAUGCAUGAGAAACUUCUGUCUUCCUGUUGACUCAUUACUUCUCUGAAGACCUGAAUGCUUCACAUUAAACACUAAUAACU